AAGAGCUUUGCCAGAAGAAGCAAUGGGGAUUACCUAAGUAUUCUGCCAUGAAAGAUGGCCCUGACCAUACUCCUUCCUUCAAGUCAAAUGUUAUUGUCAAUGGCCUCUCCUUUGAUUCUCAUUUUCCUUCUAGUUCCUCUAAGCUAUCUCAAAAUGAAGCAGCCAAACUGCUAUCCUCCACUUCACUUCUUCACCUCCAAAUGUGCAAUGUCAGUACAAAAGCCAGCUGGAGGACUUUGCUCACUGGAAAGAUUUUGAAUUGCCAUUUUACUCGAGCACAACUGAGGGACCAUCUGAUGCUCUUUGCUUCAAGGCUACAGUCCCAGGAAUAUCAUAGAACCAGAGUGUUUCUUUUUUGGAUUAGAACGACUUACCUUCCUUCAGAAAUGUUUGCAAUGAGUAAAAGAAGCACACAGUAUUUUUCUGCUACGAUGUUAACCAACGAAUCUCUCAAGUCUGAUAUGCAACAAAAUGUCAAACACGGUGAUGAAUCCUUGUUGUCUUCUAUCAUUAUACAUGAAGAAUAUUCUGCAGAAAGUAAUGAAGUAGUAAAUCUGGAAGAAACAAUAGCAGCCAGUCUCAAGAUUGGCCCUGAAGAUUCCAUGCUGUCACAUUCAUCAGUAUCCUAUAUGCAGAGAAUAUGUGAAACUGCUCCUACCCUAUUCAAAGAAGGCUCAAUGUCUUCUGAUAUCGCGACAAUGGAAAGCGAUUCCCAUCUCUUAAGUUCAAAUACAAACAUGGGAAAGCCUGAAGCUCCAGAGAGUUACUUGCUUUGUGAAAGGGUCAGGAUGUAUCCAAGUUAUCCCAACAUUGAUUUCCCGAAGGGCAUUACAGUGCUGCCAAUUACAGAUAACAUAUGGGUAGCUGUGAAUUUGGAGUUUCCAAAUGAGCAAGGUCACUAAUUUUGUGCAGCUGCUUGUAUGACUUUCUCCCUAAACAAUCAAUUCAACCAUCUAGUUCUGGUUUAUUCUGAUUCAGCACUUCUUCCAUAGUUGCUGAAAAUAACUAAAGUGACUUUCAAAUGAUGGUUCUACAAUUUAAUUACAAAAUUAGGGCUCAGAAGUACCAAAAUGUGUUAUUGCUAUCUCAUGAAUUCAUGAUUAUGCAGACCUUGUUUCCACUGCUAAAUUAUAAUUUGUACUUUCAGAAUAGGCU